CCUGCCACAACUAGAAAAUUUAACAAUAAACGUAAUCAUAUUUUCCGAAAAAAAUAGUAAAUUAUAUUCGAGUUAGAAUGUUUGUGACAUAAAUACCUGUAAUAAAUGAAUUCAAGAUGGCUUCCAAUGUGACCAGGGUUGCCGAUAAUAUCAUAAACGAUACAAAACAAUCUGAAACGAAUCCGAUGAUAACAUGUACCAGAGAGAAAUUGGAAGAAUCACGUUUGAAUGAUGAAAUAUAUGAAAGUGCUGCGUCUUCGUACACGUUUGGAAGCGGUCGGAGUCAGUUCAGCAGUGCACUGGACACCUGGUUGGGAAGCGCCACAGAGAGCACGGGGGUGCAGGGCAGUAGGGUGCCUGUAGCCCAGCGGUCGACUCUCGCCACCCCUUCUACAAUCGACGCGUCAGGCCUGUGGUACAUUCUGGCGAUGGUGCUGCCCCUGUUCAGCGUGAACAACUUGCAGCCAGUCUGGAGGUGCACACCUAGUACAAUAUUGAACACAGCUGAGCUGUUCUUCACACAGUUGGCAAGUGUCUGCGAGACGGUCAAGAAUCGCAUCCGACGACUGGCCCAAGACGAAUACGCUAGAGACGUGUUCGCUACCAUGAUGGACGUAGUUCUUGUUGUUUACGCCAUGGGAUACCUGAUGCUUUCCAUUUACCAAGCAACCAUUAUCGUGUAAAUUAUUCUAACUUAUUCUGAACUAAGUACAGUUAAAUUUAAAUUGUGGUAGUUAUAAAAUAAUGAGAAAUACCAAUACAC